AUGUCGGAACCUGGCAGUGAAGCAAGCAAGGCAGCAGCAGAGAGGAAGAGGGAAUACAACCGCAACGCCCAGCGAGUCUUCCGGGCAAGGCGCAAGGAACACUUGAGCAAGCUGGAAGCGGCCCAGCGUGAACUGAACAGUAUCCAGGUGGAAGAAGUGGAACGACUCCGUCGUGAGAAUCAAGCGCUCGUUCAAGAGAACGAGUCUUUGAAAGCAGCCUAUGGGUCCCAAGCCAGCUCACCGGGUCCGUCGGUCAGUCCUGGUGAACUCAGGGGUUCGCCUUCAGGAUAUCUUGCGUAUGGAGCACCAACUGGUGGCUAUCUAGGUCCAGUCGGCGCGUCUCAUUCUUACGUACCAGGUGCUGUGCCGGCUUCGCUACCUCCACCGGUUUCGACUCCCAUGUCGACCGCCAGCAACGACCCCAGCAGUCUUGUCGUCGUGGUACCCAACAACAUCCGCGAAAUUCGGCGGUCACUCCACCACAUGUUCUCCCCUCUUCUCGAAAUACCUGUUAUCUCGAGUCCACAAACACAUUUGGCUACUUUAGCGGCCCUAGAGCCCACCUUACCCGCCUCUUUAAAACCUACACAAUUACAGCUCUCUACUCCCCACCAUGCGUACAUAGAUAUGCUCCCUUCGCCUCUGCUCAGAGACCGACUUAUUGCAAUUGGACCGGCGAAUGCCAAUACAUUCCUUACAGAGGCGUGUACCAUUACCUGUGAUAUUGAAGAUACGGGACAAAUGACAAUAUGGGGAGAAGAUUGGCUGAAUGAUUUCUCCUGGGAAUUUUCGGCCAGUGUGCUAGAAAAAUGGGGAGGAUGGCUUCUCACCGCUGAAUGGGGCCAGAGAGCUAACUUUUGGCGACGUCAAAGAGGAGCGCCAAUACUCCCAGGUUACGACUGA